AUGGACGAAAUACCAUGUUCACAUGCCUGGGCUGUAUUAAAGAGUAAAAAUCUAACGGCUGAUGCAUAUUGCUCAGAAUUAUUCAAGCUAAGUACAGUGGUGAAUACGUAUGAUGUGCCGGUUGACCCACUUCCCGACGAGAGAGAGUGGAAUGUUCCAACCCACAUAUUGGAUGAAGUUUUUCUGCCACUGAGAUACAAAAGACCUCUUGGGAGGCCAAAAAAGAAGAGGGAUAAGCCAUUAAUGGAGCUGAUGAUUGAUAAACGUAGGAAUGCUUGGAGUACAUGUGGACGUCUUGGUCAUAACAGGCGUCCAUGUGGUAAUAAGCCCCUUAAAAAGAAGACUUAA